UGAUCUUAAAGACAGUGUAAAUGGAUCAACAAUUAAUUCUAGUCAGUUAGAAUUUGAGCAACCUGAAGAAAUUUCGGAUUCUUUUGAACCAAUUUCUGGUUCUUGCAAUAUUGAUAUGCAAUCGGGUGACAUGGAUUGUGCUAAUUUGUUGAUCGAAGAAAUAAUUGAUCUUUCAAACCCAGCCUUCUAA